AUGAGGAGCGCGCUCCCCCUGGUCCUCCUCUCGCUGGCCGCCCUCUGCGCGCGCGGGCAGGGCCGCGCGACCAACGCCGAGGAGCGGCUCAUGGACGACCUCCUGAACCGGACCCGCUACAACAACCUGAUCCGCCCGGCCACCAGCUCCGCCCAGCUCAUCUCCAUCCGGCUGCAGCUCUCGCUGGCCCAGCUCAUCAGCGUGAAUGAGCGGGAGCAGAUCAUGACCACCAACGUCUGGCUGAAGCAGGAGUGGACGGACUACCGCCUGGCCUGGAACAGCUCCCGCUACGAGGGAGUGAGCAUCCUGCGGAUCCCCGCCAAGCGCCUGUGGCUGCCCGACAUUGUGCUCUACAACAACGCCGACGGGACCUACGAGGUGUCGCUGUACACGAACGCGGUGGUGUGGGCCAACGGCACCAUCAUGUGGCUGCCGCCCGCCAUCUGCAAGAGCACCUGCAAGAUCGAGGUGCGCCACUUCCCCUUCGACCAGCAGAACUGCAGCCUCAAGUUCCGCUCCUGGACCUACGACCACACGGAGAUCGACAUGGUGCUCAAGACGCCGUCGGCCAACCGCGACGACUUCACGCCGAGCGGCGAGUGGGACAUCCUGGCGCUGCCGGGCCGCCGCACCGUGGACCCGGGCGACCCGCGCUACGUCGACGUGACGUACGACUUCGUCAUCCGCCGGAAGCCGCUCUUCUACACCAUCAACAUCCUCGUGCCCUGCGUGCUCAUCACCUCGCUGGCCAUCCUGGUCUUCUACCUGCCCUCCGACUGCGGCGAGAAGAUGACGCUGUGCAUCUCGGUGCUGCUGGCGCUCACCGUCUUCCUGCUGCUCAUCUCCAAGAUCGUGCCGCCCACCUCGCUGGACGUGCCGCUCAUCGGCAAGUACCUCAUGUUCACCAUGGUGCUCGUCACCUUCUCCAUCGUCACCAGCGUGUGCGUGCUCAACGUGCACCACCGCGGGCCCGGCACGCACACCAUGGCGCCCUGGGUGCAGCGCUGCUUCCUGCACCGGCUGCCCGCCUUCCUCUUCAUGAAGCGGCCCCAGGGCGGCGGCGGUCCGGCCAGGCCCGCGAAGCUGCCCCGCCGCCCGGAGGGUCCUUCCGGCUCCCCGUACUUCGUGAACUCGGAAGCAGAGGCCGCCCACAAGGCCGCCGCCGCCGCUGCUGCUGACCUCGGGGACUUCCGACUUCCGGCUUCCGGCGGCAGGUUCCGGCGGGACGUGCAGGAGGCGCUGGAGGGCGUGAGCUUCAUCGCGAGGCACAUGAGGAGCGACGACCAGGACCAGAGCGUGGUGGAGGACUGGAAGUACGUGGCCAUGGUGGUGGACCGGCUGUUCCUGUGGGUGUUCGUGGUCGUGUGCGUGCUGGGCACGGUGGGCCUCUUCCUGCCCCCCCUCUUCCAGAACCACACGGUCCCAGGGGGGCCCUAG